UACACUGGCAACUCAACUGACUUACGCCUAGCCCGUCCACCGUCACAUACCGUUCACGACGAUCGUUCACGACAGAUCGAUAAAGGACCUGCAAACCUUCUCUUACAUGUGUCCCAAGUGUCUCCAUCUCACCCCACCCAACUUCACAACAAUCAGUCAAAUAAACGGUUUUCACCGGUGUGAACGCAUUAGUUGGUCCGGCACUUGGUCGUGAGUGUUUGGGAUUCAGUGGCCUUUGGGAUUUUUUUUUUUUUAUUGGUUUUUUCAUCAUCCAAGCCAACAUGGAUGUGGGCUAAUGGAUUUUUGAGUCGACCUCUGUGACGAGUCGGAGGGGACCGAGAAUCUUCUUCAAAAACAGACGAAUGUUUACACGGAAAUUUUCCAGAAGGUCAUCCUGGAGAUCCUUGGGCUGUAGUUAAAGUGCGAGUGUGAGUGUUCUCGUGUGUCCUUCGACGAUGAGAAAUUGAGGGAAAAGAGUGUACUGAACUUGAAAAAAAAUCCAAUAACUCGGGGUUAUAAACCCUUAAUCGAUGAAGGGAGUGAACUGACCUUGCAGUUAGUACUCACAUGUCCUCGAUGAGUCGGUGAACCUCUGAUCCAUGACAAACCGUUGGGCUAUAGCCUUGAGUGAGUCCUCGAGACGACCGAACAGCUUCCUGGCAAAUUUCUCCGAAUCGAAGAUUUAAUUCGUCGAUUAAUCCGCCUUAAAUCAUCGAAUUCGUGGGCCCUAUUCAUACUGAUUUAAUGAAUUGUAUCUGUUUUCUGGGAUUAUUGAACUUUGGUGUAGAGUUUAGAAAGCGAGUUGGGUGCCUCAUUAGCGCGCACUCAUGGUCCAACCGAGGAUCUACGGAGGUGCCAACAUCGUACGCUUUUCACUCACAGAUUUCUCCGCUCCACGUGCCUAGAACCCUUCCCUAACUCUCAUUAUUUACAUCGAAUUGUCAUUAACACUUUUCAGUAUUUGUCCUUGGCGAAAUUUAGGGGAUAAAAGUGCGCGGGUUUAUGGUUGGGACACGGUAACUGGAAGAAGUUUAGCAACAUAAGUUGAAUGUCGAAGAGAAAAAAAAUAUUUUUCGACUUGCGCUUUCACGAGACAAGUGAUUUCCUCAUUGGGACAUGAAGGAUUAAAAUGGGUUGAUGUGUAGCAGAAACUUUAUCCAGAACUUUUUCAGUGGUGACUGUUGUGUGGCAAUUUUUUAUAAAUUGGAGAAUACAGGUGCAUUUGUGUGAUUUGAAGAUUUUUAGUGAAUUGUCGAAUUAUUUGAAUCAGUGUGACAUCGACAACGGAAGAUGCUCAACUGCACUGAUCUUGAGUGCAUCCUGCACAAUCAUCACUAUUACGCUCAUCUGCAUCAGGGACAGUCAAAUCAGCCCGUGGAGCAUGCACUUUCCACGGCCGCCGAGGAUGUGCGAGAUGGCAUUCGGGCGCCUGACAAUGACACUGAUUCGUUGCAAUUGUAUUCGCAUCUGGAUCCACCAGUGGAUAGUGUCUACAUGAUAUGUGGGGUUCUAAUUGCCAUGAUUCUGGUCGGUGUAAUUAUUGUUCUUCUUGCCGUUACAAUCAGUAAAUUGCGGAAGAGGGAGGAUCAUGGAAACGAUGAGGUACAUACGGAGCAGCCAUCAGUAGUGCAAACGGCAACACCAGUAUCUACUAUCGUACCCACAACACCAACACCCCAAACUCUUAUAACAACAACUGGAGAUAUACGUAACAACGGCAUUGUUAAUAACGGUGCAAUUAUAACAGCUAGUGAGCUUAGUAAUGGUAUUAUUGAUGGCAACACAACCUUUGUUACCGAGACAACUGCUGAACAAUUUAUUUGGCAAUUUCCACCGCCAUAUCCACCGCUAACGCCACCGCCACAGUAUACCCUGUACAAUGACCAGGAUACUCUCGUACAUGGGCUACAGGCAGACAGGCCCGGCUUUGCCAAAGGCAUUAAAAAGAACAUUGGUGGACGCUGGCGUCGUCUCGUAAAGAGAAAACCAGAGACAGAGACAUGUGCCAUUCCUCCAGAGCUCAAGGAUCAGCUUAAAACCAUAUACGUUUAUUGACCCUCUUUCUAAAUUCAAGAAGAAGAUGAAUACACAAACACACACACAACAAAAAAUAAUCAGAAAAAAUCUAUUGAUUUUUGACACUGAUCGAAAAUUAUGAAAAACUCCUUCCAACUCAGUAAUCAAUGCUUUCCUAUAUCGUAAGAUAGUUUAUUGUAUUGGGAGCGUGAACCGAAUGGUUGUGUGCACGACAGAGAAAGGAUUUAAAGGAGAUAAAAAAAAGGGGAAGAAUGUGAGUGCCUUGCGAAGAGAGCAAGAGGAAGUAGAAAAAAAGGAGCAAAAGAUUGGAUGUAAAAAAAGAAUAGGGAGAGAGAGAGAGAGAGAGAGAAAAAAAAAUAUAUAUGGGGGUUCAACGGUCCCGUGGGACAUGAAGAUGCUGCUGCUCGUGACGAUGAGAAAGCCUAGGGAUACGCCCUUCGGUAACGCCAUCUCACAUUAUUUAAAAACCACAUAUCAAUCUGGGUUGAGUGGAUUUUUGUAACCUCGCGGCGAUGAAGUUGAAAUUUGUAUUCCAUAUCCGUCAGACUGUUAGGGGAACUGUUACAGCAACAAAGUCAUUUGAGACGAACAAAAAAUAUGAAAUAUGUAACUAAAAUAUCGACGAUUGUGCCUUUUUAUUCCAAUGAGCCGCUGUCCGCAAAAUUUUUCAUACUCCUGAGUCACUGCACAAAUUAAAUUGACCAACUUUAGAGAGUGAGCAGGAGAGAUUGCACGCUAGAUUAAAGUUAGGCAGCGUUUGUUCAUGUGGCCGAUCAUUAUUUUUUCUUUUUUGUUAUUAUGUAGAUAAAUUUGCGGAAGAACUCCAUGAGACUGAAAAUGUAAAAAGUACGACAAAACGAGUUACCUCGUAGCUUUUGUGUACGUUUUUACACUAUUUAGUAGAUACAAAAGUUGAUAAUUGAAUCAUUGAAUACCUGAAGCUAGAGAAAAUUAAUGAAAAUGAGGACAAAAAAAAAGGAUAAUUUUAUGCUGAAAAGAACGAAUCACUAGUAUUAUUGUAUGCCUGAAAUACGACGAAACAAUGGGACUGUCCUGAAGCAUUAUUUAAUUAUUAUUAUUAUUGUUUCAUUAUUAUCCUGAAUAUAUUACUCAUUUCAUUUAUCUUUUAGCUUUUCUUUUUCCUUGCACGUACACACUUUUUUCUUCGUUAUAUGAAAAUUCCAUUGCAAUUUGCUCGAAUAAAUGGCAGUCCCGUAUUACCACGUUGUAAAUAGGUGUAUAAAGCAAUAUAAAUGCGUACGACUUUUA